AUGUUGGCCCGACUGAUGGUGCGUGCGGCUCAUCAGGCUGGAUAUGCUGAAGCGGGAAAAGCUUGUGGUGAUGUGGGCGUGGCUGAUGUGGGCGUGGCUGAUGUGGGUGUGGCUGAUGUGGGUGUGGCUGAUGUGGGCGUGGCUGAUGUGGGCGUGGCUGGUGUGGGCGUGGCUGGAUGGUGCAGCACACACCUGCAGCCAAUCUGCACCUGGCCAGAUCCUUGUUUUCUGUACUUCCUCGUCCCCAGCUUGUAA